AUGACAACAGAGGCUCCAUCUGCUGGAAAUGUUAUUGAUGGGACAACCUUGGCAAGGUCAAUUCGCGAUGGCGUCGCGGCCCGCAUUAAAUCUGUGCAGUCCACAUACCCUCGCUUUCAGCCCCAAUUGGCUAUACUACAAGCUGGAGAACGUCCUGACUCAACUGUUUACGUCCGUAUGAAGGCCAAAGCUGCCAGUGAAGUCGGUAUUCAGCUUCGACACGUUAAGGUCCCUCUCGAGUCCACUGCAGACGAGAUCGUGGAGAUCGUGCGCAAGUUGAACGAAGAUGAACAAGUCAGCGGAAUCCUUGUUCAGUUACCACUCGGCGACCACAUUCAACCCGCAGACGUGCGAUUGGUGACGGAGGCCGUAAGUCCUGAGAAGGAUGUUGAUGGAUUCCAUGCGUAUAACAUCGGCCACUUGUCGUCUCGCGCAUCUGACCCACUUUUCGCCCCUUGCACCCCUGCGGCUGUUAUCCGGCUGCUUGAGUCCACCGGUGUCGAAAUAUCUGGUUCAAACGCAGUUGUUCUUGGUCGUAGCGAUAUUGUAGGCAACCCUGUCUCUGCGCUUUUGAGACAUCGGGAUGCAACAGUCACUCAAUGCCAUACCCAUACCAAGAAUGUUGAAGAAAUUGUGAAAACUGCCGAUAUCGUGGUGGCUGCUGUUGGUAAACCAGAGUUCGUAAAAGGGUCUUGGAUCAAACCUGGCGCCGUCGUCAUUGACGUUGGCAUAAAUUACAUUCCUGAUGCAACAAAGAAGUCUGGGAGCCGUUUGGUUGGGGAUGUCGAAUAUGCCUCCGCUUCUACCGUUGCGUCCCAUAUCACACCAGUUCCGGGGGGUGUUGGACCGAUGACAGUUGCCAUGUUGAUGGAAAAUACUUUGCAAUCUGCUACACGCCAUUGGGAAGCUUCUAGAUCUUUAAAAGUCAAACCAUUGAAGCUAAACCUACUGGAAAAUGUUCCCAGCGACAUUGAAAUUGCCAUGGCUCAGACACCGAAGCCAGUUGUACAUCUCUCUCGCGAAAUCGGCUUGCUACCUGACGAGUUGGAAAGCUAUGGAAAGUACAAAGCCAAAGUCGACCUUGGUGUUUUGAAACGCUUGGCGCACCGUAAAGAUGGGAAAUACAUCGUUGUCUCUGGUAUAACGCCAACGCCACUGGGUGAGGGCAAAUCUACGACUACUAUCGGUUUGGCACAAGCCUUGGGGGCAGAACUUGGUCGCCCGGCAUUUGCUUGCGUUCGCCAACCGAGUCAAGGACCCACAUUUGGCAUCAAAGGCGGGGCAGCUGGAGGCGGCUAUAGUCAAGUGAUUCCUAUGGACGAAUUCAAUUUGCACCUGACUGGAGACAUUCAUGCAAUUACCGCCGCGAAUAACCUCCUAGCCGCUGCCCUCGACGCACGCAUAUUCCAUGAAGCGACUCAAAGCGAUAAGGCCCUAUAUAGUCGUUUGGUGCCGACGAAGAAGGGAAAGCGUGAAUUUGCACCCCUCAUGUUGAAGCGCCUCCAGAAACUUGGAAUCGACAAAACAAACCCGAACGAUCUGACUCCUGAGGAAAUUACCCGCUUCUCUCGACUGGACGUCGAUUUAGACACGAUAACCUGGAACCGAGUAUUGGAUACCAACGAUCGCUUCCUGCGAAAAGUAACCAUUGGCCGCAAUUCGACCGAACAGGGCCACGAACGUGAAGCUGGAUUUGAUAUUGCCGUAGCCAGCGAAUGCAUGGCCAUCCUUGCUCUUUCAACUAGUUUGCAAGAUAUGAGGGAACGCCUUGGUACCAUGGUAGUUGCGACGAGCAAACAAGGUGACGCCAUCACAGCUGAUGACCUUGGAGUGUCUGGGGCUUUAGCAGUUCUCCUCAAGGAUGCCAUCAAACCUAAUCUGAUGCAGACGCUUGAGGGUACUCCCGUCUUCGUACACGCUGGCCCCUUUGCCAAUAUUGCUCAUGGAAACUCUUCUAUCCUUGCUGAUCUUGUGGCUUUGAAAUUGGCCGGUACGGAGGAAGGGGAUUCUGAAGAUCGAGCUGGUUACGUCCUCACAGAGGCUGGAUUCGGUGCUGACAUGGGUCUGGAAAAGUUUUGCAAUAUUAAAUGCCGUACUAGCGGCCUCAAGCCAGAUGCAACGGUCAUUGUUGCCACUACACGGGCCUUGAAAAUGCACGGCGGGGGACCGGAUGUGGUUCCAGGAAAACCUUUGCAUGAAACUUAUACAAAAGAGGAUCUUGUAACAUUGAAGGAAGGUUGCAAGAACCUCGCCAAGCACAUCCAGAAUUCGCGGAGAUUUAAUCUCAAGGUUAUCGUUGCUAUCAACCAGUUUUCCUCUGAUACCGCAGCUGAACUCGCACUCGUUCGUGAGGAAGCCCUUGCUAACGGUGCAAAUGCUGCCGUUGUGAGCAACCAUUGGGCGAAGGGUGGUGCUGGUGCACGGGCCCUCGCUGAAGCAGUUGUCGCGAUUUGCGAAGGGCCAUCCCGUUUCAGAUUUCUCUAUGAUCUCGACUUUUCUAUAGACGACAAAAUAGAAAUAAUUGGAAGGCAGAUUUAUGGCGCUGACGGCAUUGAGUUGAGCGACCUAGCACGCACCCAAAUCGACACAUACACCCGACAGGGUUAUAGUCGUCUUCCCGUUUGCAUAGCGAAAACUCAAUAUUCGUUCUCGCAUGACCCCAAGCUCAAAAACGUCCCGAAAGGCUUUACUCUCCCGAUACGUGCCGUGCGGUUGUCUGCGGGCGCUGGGUUCUUGUAUCCCAUCUUGGGCGACAUGCAAACUAUGCCAGGUCUUGGGACACGUCCUGGAUUUUGGGAAGUUGAUCUUGACCCCGAAUCGGGAAGAGUUGUUGGGUUGUUCUAA